AUGACUGUUUGUGAAACAUACACUGCGAUAGCAAUGAGCCGCCUUCUAGGAAAAUUGAGGCUAAGAAAGUUAGAUGAAUUCAAGCGUGUACUAUCGGAUGGCCAACUAACUGAAGAACUUAAACUCUCAUUUUUAGAUGAAACAUACACUAAAGAGGAAUUGUUCCGAUGUAUUAGUUAUGUUGCUGCCGAAACAAUUCGUUUUACCAAUGAUGAGUUUCAGUCUAUCGCCAACAUAGCUUUGACCAACCCCGUAAUCACCCCUAAGCAAAAGGCCAGAAUUGAGAAGUGGAAAAUCAAUAGGCAAAGUGCCGUAAGAAAAAGAAGGGUGUUCAAUAGAUAUUAUGGAGGAUCCGCUUAUGACAGCGAAGAGGACUAUUGGAGUUAUAGUUGUUAUUAG